AAAACUGCAGCUCUGUCAGAAAGCUGACUGCAGACACAUAAUUUCAGCGAGAUGAAGAUGAAGCUAUGAGUUGCUAGCGGUACUGUCAAAUCUCGAUCAUUCCACUGCAACGCUUACUGCAUGUGUUCCUGGCGCUACUCCUGAUUAACUCACAAUUGCUCCCUCGUACUGAGCAGUUCUCUGACAGCAGAUGGCAUGUCCGCGGUCCACAGAUGAGCUAUAACGUUGUUUGGCGUUUUCAUCUCAGGGAUCACAAUCCAGUCAACAAAUGUGGUCAGCUGACGAUCAAAUCUAUUCGGUGUCGUAACUGGCUCGGUGCAGCUAGUACUACCCCAGAAGUACAAGAAUCUGAGAUCAGCCAGACAGAGCCACACGAGAUCUGCUAAUGGAAAAUGAAUCUGGCUGUGGCGGACUGGGAUUGAACAGGUUAAAUCCAGUCUAGUGUAAAAUUGCCUUAAUUACGUAAAGGUAGAAAAAGCGCUGCUGACGCCUAUUGUAAUGGAAGAACUUACUCUUCUGUUAAAUGCUUUGCCCCGUUAGGAGUCUGACCGUCAUGAUUUGGUGGUGAGGCAGAGGCAGCAGACCCAGGUCGAGAUGAAUUAGGUAGUUUAAUGAAAUUCAAAGUCCAAAAGACCAGGCAGCACAAAGGAGCGCAGGGCAAGUGCUCACAACUGGUGACACGCACAGACUAGACAAACACGACAAGGAACAAAGAACACAGGUGGGGUUAAAUCUCUUCAAUAAGUCUGGCCUUAAAUAUAUGUUCCUCUAAAAACUCAGGACAAAGCAUGCUAAUCUAACAGCAGUAUGUUUUACAGUAUUUAUAUAAACUUGAUCACUUUUUUUUAUUAUUUAAUCUAACAACAGGCCAAGACCAUUACAAAACAUGAUAGUUUACAAAUUGGUAUGCAGGACAUAAAGACAAAAGGGGCAGGUGUUCCAACUCCAUCAGCCAAUUAGAUAUCACACAUCAGUCUAAGAUAAUUUGUCUCUGAUCAGAUAAAUAUAUGUUACAGAAAGACAAAUUAGUUAGACUCUCACGGGUAAGAGUUUGCGAAGGUCUACUGUUUGUUUUAAAGACAUGAACUUCAUUACAAUCUAGACUAUAACUAUGAAAUGCUUUUUUGUGUACAACAAAUAUUUUUAUUUAUGUUUUUGUUCUAAUUGAAAUUAAUGUUUGAUUUGGUAAAAAUGUCCUCCACUAAUCACACUCAGUUAAAUACCACCUUAGAUGUACAGCGUCAGGGAAUCCUAGGAGUGGUGUUUAUUACCACUGUGACGACUUUGCCAUGCUGUGUGUUUCUUUUCAUCAAUAUGACAAUGCUGUAUACGUUGAGGAGUAAAGAGGUGUUUCGAGAGACCUCUCGUUAUAUUCUACUGUUUAACCUUCUGUUUUCAGACACCGUCCAGCUGGCACAUAGUCAAUCAAUGCUUUUACUGUCUACCUCUAGAGUAACGAUGCUGUAUUCUGUAUGUGUGGGCUUGACUGUUCUCAACAAUCUGACACAUAGCGUUUCUGUUAUCACACUGGUGGUUAUGUGUCUAGAGAGAUACAUAGCUGUGUGCUUUCCAUUCAAGCACAGUGUGUUAAUCACCACAAAAAACACAGGAGUGGUUAUUUGUAUCAUCUGGUGUUUCAGUUCACUAAAAGACAUUAUGCAGAUGAUUCUAGCUUUAAGAAUGUUUUUACACAAUGUAAGCCCAGUCCAGAUGCAAGAUUUCUGUGGUAAAGACAAUGUGUUUGUUGAUCCGGCUUCUCUUAUUUUUAACAGAGCUUUCACCUAUUUUCUGUUUGUAUUAGGUGGUAUAACCGUUAUUUUCUCCUAUAUUGGUAUCAUUGUAGCAGCUCGCUCGGCCUCCACAGACAAAGCUUCAGCCAACAAGGCGCGAAGGACUCUGCUGCUGCAUCUGCUGCAGCUGGGCCUCACGCUGUCCUCCACGAUACACAACUCUUUGCUCAUAGUUAUCUCAAAUAAUCUAGACAGGGUGCAAUCUGCGAACAUGCAGAUUGUCCUUUAUGUUUGUGGUAUUGUCCUUCCUAAAUGCCUGAGCUCCCUUAUAUACGGCCUCAGAGACCAGACAAUUAGACCUGUUCUUAUGUUGAAUCUCACCUGUCAGUGGAGAGGCUCAGCUUUCAUUUCCAACGUCCAAGCUAAACAUAAAAUCAAAGUACCUCUAAAGCAACUGAUUUAAUUUUAUUUGAGCUACAAAAA